ACCGCUGCAAUCAGAGGCGAUCGUCUUCCAGGGGAGAUACCGGAUCGAGCUUGUCGGUCAGCAUGGUGCCCAGGGACGCGGUGAAUGCCGCCGUCGGGAGGACCCUCGUCCAAGGCUCCGUCAUAAACAACAAGUGUGAGAAGAAGGCUCCCAAGAAAAUCCACAAGUCGGAGAGGGAGAAGCGAAAGCGGGGCACGCAGAAUGACCUCUUCAGCGAGCUGGGAGCCAUGCUAGAACCAGAUAGGCAGAACAGCGGGAAGGCAUCCGUAUUGGGUGACACCACACGGAUACUCAAGGAUUUAGUUUCACAAGUGGAAUCUCUUCGCAAGGAGAAUAUCACAUUGAAGAAUGAAUCUCACUAUGUUGUACUGGAGAGGAAUGAACUGCGUGAUGAUAACAGUAUGCUUCGCAGCGAAAUCUUGGAGCUUCACAACAAGCUUAGAGUGCAUCAGCAAAGCGAACCUAUUUGGAGCCAGGAUAGUACAAGAUCAGCUCUUGCAGCAUCUUAUCCCACAAGCAGAGUGUUCCCAGUACAACAUUCUCCACAUUUGCCAGUCAUCACAGCGACGGCACUUCCUCUGCAACCCGUAAUCACCCAGCAAAGCUAUGCUGCCCCACCAAGAGAGCUACAGCUCUUCCCAGAAGUUUCAUCUGCAUCCACUGAAGACAGCGAACUGUCACAAGACCAGGGGCUUUCAAAUAGUGUUGCACGGCCUCAGGCACGGUACCCGACACCAGCCGUGGUGUUGUCGCCAGUAAACCAAUUCCCAAUCCUUCCAAGAAUGGGAGAGGAGCAACAGUAUAGUAGUGGCACUAGUGAGGAACAUAGCCUACACCGGGUUUAAGUACAUAAUGUAAUUCACUUUACAGCUUGGAAAAGUUUCUUUGUUUGAGUGGGGCAGGUGUCCAACAGAUAGAUUUGUGGCUGUGCGUGUAAACUCUAAUUUUUUUUUCCUGAAUGGUGGUCUUAAUUGGUUAAAUAGGUGACAAUAAAAAACCACGUCUUACAGCUGACCAUUUAUAUCAUAGAUGUACAUGUA